UCUAGCCAGCUAUAUCCAUAUACUUUUUUUAUUAUUUUUUCAACCGUUUUUGGUAUUAUACUAAAGCAGCUGCCUUGAGUAAACAACAAACAAAACAAAAAGUACAGCAAGUAAAAGAGCACAGCUGUAUGAUUUGGUACCUCCAACUACCAUCGUCUAUUAUUCUUAUUAUUUUGCCUCUGCAUUUUUUUUAUUUUAAAUAAUGCUGCCUCCUUUAGUGGCCUCUUCUGCACAGUGGUACACAAGUCUAAAAGAAUCUAUUUUUUAUUAUGGCGAUCAAUUACAAUAUUGUGAUAAUUCAAGCUGUAACAACUACCUCUUCACUUUUGCUGCCACAAUUUUUUCUGUUUACAUGGUGUCCCUCUACCAAGUAAAGGAAAAGAAACAAGGCUUGCUACCCUGGAACUCAUUCUUGAAAGUAUGUACGAUGAGAGCAGGGUUGUAAUUUGUCAGUAUUUUUGGGGGUGAUGUGCAUAUAAAACAUUUCAACAGCUUUUUUUUAUAUAUUCUUUGGGUAAACUUAACUCAGAUUUUCCUUUUUUAGACAAAAAGUAAAGGACACUAAUGAAAAUUUUAAUGAAUUUUCUCAUAUAAUAUUAAAUGGUUUUGUGCAAUAAAAAAAUAUCCAUGAAUGCUUUAAAAACUGAGGUCAUACUUUUCUGUAAUUCAAGUAAAAAAUUAUUCCAAAUGUUAGUAUAAAGCUUAAUGGUAAGCUUUUAUAUUAAAUAUUAAAUAGACAUGUUCAAUACAUACGAAAGUCAAAAACGUGAUAUGAUUUAUUUUUUGGGGGGGCAGGGGAAAUUCUGUCCCACCUUUAAUAACUUUUUAAAGGCUUGUCUAAUUUGAAUCUUACUUUAUGUAUAGUAUGACACAAAAAGAACAAAAUAACAGCAGAAAUCUUUGCUUAUGUCAGCACUUUUUUCUGUGACAUCAUCGAAAGGUUGAAAUUUGAUCAAAAUACUGGUAUAUAUCUACUUAAAAUUCAAUUACUUUAGUUCUAGAACGAAUUUUUACAUUCUGUUUGAAGUUUCUGAAAGCCAAAUAAAAGUUAUUUAACAUAUAUAUUCCAUUUUUUGCAGAUUUUGCUUAAAACAUUUCAAAAUAUUGCCUAAAAAUCUGUUUUUUCCUGAUUUUCAGGUAAAAUCCAAAAAAACAGGAAAUCAGAUUAAUCAUGUGUCUAAAAAUAUGGAAGAAUUCUACUUGAUAAAACAAAGUUGUCUUGAAACUUUCAAGUUCUAAGGAUAAUCCUGACAAGGGUUAUUAUAUUUACCCAAUAAAGACUUCAUAGGGAUACUUAAGGUAGUUUUUAGUAAUAGCCAAUAACAAAGCCUCUGAGAGGUAUUGAUAAAUAUUGAAACUCAGUAAGUAUCAUAGCCAUCAAACAUAGCAUAAAGGAAUUAUUAAAAAAACCAUCAGGUGACAACAACUACUACUACUGCUACUAAUAAAUGACUAAGUGGUCUACACAAAAACAUAAUCACGCCAAGAUAGGUCAGGUCACUUUUUAGCAAUUAUAUAGCUAGCUAGGCAGAUAGCUAACAUGCAAAAAACUUGAGGAGGAAUCGUUUGAUUAAAAAAUUACAAAAUUCUGCCAUAGUCAACAUCAGUAGACAACUAUGUCAUAAUGCAUAUAAAUAAAUUAGGCUUCAUGGAUUUUGUGAUUUCCCAGCAUUAGAAAAGCAUGUUAGACUUUUAUUUCUUAAUUAGGUGAAAAAUCACAAAUAGGCCUUAGAGUUUGUGGUGCCAAAACAACUAAAAACUCCAACACUUUUUAUCCACAUUGCAUAAUUACAGACCCUGGCGUUGUUUACAGAUUUAUAUAAAAUAAUCAAUUUGAUAGAUUGAUUUUGAUCUAAAGAUUUAAACUUUGGUAUAGCUUUUGUGUAGCCUAAAUAGAUGGUGCAAUCAAUUUAGCCAUUCAAAGUACUCUUUAUUCGAACUUUAAUUAAGACAACUAAAAUAGGCUAUUCCGAUUAGGGACGGUAUCCAUACUUUCACAAAGAAACACCCAAAUUUUAUCAAUAUUAUUUGCUACAUAUUUAUAAAAAUGACACUCCAUCUACAUGGAAAAAAUAAAAAAAUACAAUUCUGGUGUUGCUACUCAAAUAUCGAUUGAACUGCCUCAAUGGUUUUAAGUGUGUACCCCUGUACAAACAUGUUAGGUCACAUGGUGUGCAUAGAGCAUAAACUUUCAUUACAUUUUGCCACUUAUUUUUGGAAAAAGUCAUUGGUGCAUCACCCCUAAAUGCAAGAUCCUGUAGACACAGUAUUUGUCGAUGGUGCCAUGUAAUGGUACAAGAUGGCAAAAUCCAUCAGGUUUAAAAAUUAAAGUAUUUAAAUUUUUGUUUUUAUAUGAUGUACCAUUCUUUGAAUAUUUAUAAGAAUACACAAUUACACAAUGUAACCACACAUGUACAAGAUAAGUAACAUGGUAGGUAAACAUUAAUUUACUGUGAAGAGAUUGGUAGGAAAAUGAAGUAAUAACAAAAUUUACAUAUAUGUGCCAGCUCUGUUGUUUACUACAGCAUUUAACAGCAAGGGUUUGUUAGAGAAUAAAGCACAACCUUUAUGUGACAUUAAUGAGUCUUUUCAUGUUGUGUAAAUUUCAGCCAAAAUAUUUUUUUAUCUACUGCAUUGCUUAAAUUUAACUUUACCUUUAAACCAGCUUACAGAGCAUUAGACUUUUCAUUGUUAUUUUUACCGUAUUAUGAAAUACAGCAGCUAUAUUUGCCUGUCGAAAACAAUAGAUUACACAAAUUUAAUCAUUAGCUUAUGUAAACUUGGCAUAUCUCAAUGUUGUGUUAAUUAUUAUAGCAUCAAGGGGUAAUAUAAAAAACUAGUCGUUAACCCGUGGAAAAAUCCACGGGGUCGCCCGUCCUUUAUAUCACAUAUUUCGUGUUUCCGCAGCACGAUGCUUUUUUUGCGCUCAAACAGACAGACAGAAUACAGCUAUUAGAGUUUAGUCGAUAAGGCCCGUGGAGAAAUCCACUAAGGCAGGAUAAAAUUGAGAAAGAAGCGCCAUUUAAAUUUUGAUGACGUCAACAACCCAUCUACAAAAAAAUUAGUACCUUGUUUUCAUGUUUCCUCCAUUGUGUAGGGCUUACACUGCUGAUCAAGAAAAUAUAUAUGAUCGUGUGGUGUUGAUGAGGCGAGUAAUGAAACAUAAGGGUUUAAAAAUUUUGCUGAUGUCAGCAAUGGCCCGUCAAAACCCCCAAAUUAUUUUUGGAAAUUUGUAUACCUGUUGCCUUCAUCGUAUAGAUCUUAAAACGCUGAUCAAGAAAAUGUAUAGGAUCAUGUACUUUUGACAAACGGUUGCAGAGAUAUCAAAGUUUAAAGGUUUUUUGAUGACAUCAUCAACGCGUCCAUUUCGAAACGGAUUCGGGGACCCAGGUUUGGGAAACUUACCCAAAUUGGUCCCAGGUAGUCCCUAUUUACCCAUGCAGGAGAUAACGUCAGUUAUUUCCAUCUGUUUCCAAGUUAUUUAGCCUUAAAUUUAAAAGUCCAAUGCAAUGGCUUCACUAAUCUUAAUAUACUUUCCUUUGACAUCAAUAUUGCUCUAACGUCAAAGUUUGCUAAUUUACAGAACAAAUUUAUAGGCGAUAUUUUAUAGACUUUAUCAAAGAAUUUUUAUUCACUUUCCAAAAGUCACAAACAGAACUGGCGUAUUAUUACAUAGAUAAUAUAUAUAAAAUAUAACAAGACUAAGUUUUAAAUUUCACACACAUACAGUAAUCUCAUAUCUUUUGUUUAACAUUCAGUGUAUUUGGAAUCUGAUGUUUUAAGGAUAGCUACAUGUUGUAAAUUAUUUCAUUUAUCACACCAUAUCCAUUACAUUUAAAACAUUUGUGUACAACAAAGCUUAAAAGUUGCGAUAUAUUGGUUAAAAAGCGAGGUCAUACAAAGCUUUAACAUGUCGUAUGUAAUUCUAAAAUGAUGAGAACUCGUCCUUGCAAGUCCUCAAUAGAACCUAUCCUCACAAAAUUAAGGGCAGAUCUUACUUGUUGUCUUUUGUGAUUCUGGACUUCUUUGGAUUACUUUUUUAUACAUAUGCAUCAAACCUGUCUAAACAGCCACUUAAAAGGCUGAAAAAUUUACAACAUUUUUAAACAAUUUUAUGAUGGAACAAACCUUUAUGUAUUUUUUACUCUCAGCAUAGUAUAUCGCAUAAUGUUGGAUGUUGAAGAGUUGGAAUGGCUUUAUCAUGCAGAAGGAAACUCUAAUAUUCUAGUAAAAAACGCAAAAUGUCACAAAGUCUUGCGAGCAAGAAAAAUCAACUUGGAGGGGACUGAAAGUAAUAACUCUGAGGAGAAUGGCAAAAUUAGAAAUGUGUUUUCAGUCAACGACGAAGAAAAUUUCAUUAAAAAUAUUAUUUCUCCACUUUUUGGAAGUUCUCUUGUGUACAUCACUGACAUUCAAACUAUUCCUUGCAGUAGUAAAAACUUUCUAAAGGAGCUCAAUAGAAAGAUUAAUUCUCUUCGUCCUAUAGGAAGAAAACACAAGGUUAUCGAUGUUAACUGUUCUCAUGUUCAACUAAUGCCUGAUCUAACAUUCCUUUCAGAAUGCCCAAAAUCUUCUUGUGUGUCUGUUGAAUUAAAACCCAAAUGGGGCCUGCUCCCUUCCUCUGACAAAAUCUGUGAGGCUCAUGCAAUUAAACAAGGGAUAUGUCGUUUUUGUAUGCAUCAAGAGUUAAAGCUGAGCACUGGAAAGAUUGGUGAGAAAAGUCAAUAUUGUCCACUAGAUUUAUUUGGUAACUGCACAUGUCGUAUGAGAAGUGCAUUACGUGCAUUAUUUCAACAUCCACAAAAUAAUAUAUGUCUUCAUGUGAAUGGGGAAAAUGUUACUAUGACUUUCUUUGAUAAAAAUAAAGUGGAUGAUUUAAAAAUUGAUUCUUCAUGUGAGCUUAUAGAAAUAUUGGUCAGCAUACUUACAACAGAUUCAUUUAAAGCUGAUAAUAAUAGUGAAGAAGUAUUAUUUAAAAGUAGUAAUAAUGAAGCUAAAACUUAUCAAAAUUGUAAAGGUGAAAGAAGUCACAUUAAUUGCAAACAAAUGGGGAAUUGGGGGAUCUUGAACAUUUUAAAGUCGUUGCAAUCAGUAGAUGAUCUUGGAAUUGAAGAAAUAUACAAACGGUACCAGUUCUAUUUACAAAAUGGUAACCUUCAAAACAUUGAAGAUUUUAUGGACUUUAAUUCAAAUUUAUGGACUCAAACUGUUUGCAAUAUUUUAUCUGGAAAAAAUGUGUCACAAAGUAAUGAUUUGGAUUUUGACAGCUUUUGUCGGUUUUUAAUUUCAACAACUUUGAAAGAUUGUAGCAUUAUCAUCACUCUUGCAUGUGUUAACAAGGACACAAUCAUUGAUUCAAUGAGUAAAUUUUUUUAUGUCCCAAAUCAAUGUUGGUACGCCUACAGAAUUAAAUUAGUUGACCUUGAACCACGUUGCAUUGAUAACAUACCAUAUUAUUACAACAUUGAUAACAAAAUAAUGUCUUUUUAUCUCAACAAAAUCAAUGCAUAGUUCAUGUUGUUUUGGCUGUAGUAAAGAAUAUAUUUGCAGAUGUUUUUUAUUUUAUCAUAUAUUUCGUGAUAUAUUAUUAUUAUUAUUGUUAUAUAUAUUAUUAUAAAUACUACACCUUUGGGUUUAAAAACAGUGGCAAUAUAUAAGUUAUAUUGGUCGUAACAGUGCAAAACUUGAAAUAAUUUAAAAAAUAAAACCCCUUUAGAGCUUUUCCUGAUAUGUGUUCUCAUAAACCAUUUUCAGAAUAAAAUACAAUGUAUUUUUUUAUUAUUACAAAUUUAGUUGAAUAUUUUUUCUUCUUUUGUUCUUAAUUACUUAUAGUGUUUUUAUUGUAAUUCAUUUCUAUUUAGUGUAAUUACGGCUAAUAUUAUCAUUUAUAUUUUCAACUUUAUCUUGAGGGAUACUUUCAUAGUUUGUUAAUAACUUACACUUCAUUGCCUUUUAUUUGUUGAAGAUAGGAAAUUUUAUCUGCCAAAACUUUUGUUCUUCUUAAUUUACACAGAUAUUUUUUUACAAAUGUUAUUUGGUCUAAUUUAUUAAAUUUAGUAGUUGCAAUUAGUAGCACUUAAAGUGUGUAUCUAAAACAGUUUUUACUGGUAUGCCUAUAUGUAUUUUAUGUCUUUCUUUGUAAGUAUUAUUUUGAGUAACUUCUAUUUUUACUCUUGUUGUACUGGUUGAAUAAAUCCGUGGAAAUAUUAACUUGCAAACCUGUUAGAAUUCAUUGUGCUUAUCACAAAAUGGUUUGUUGCUAUUUUCAUUUAAAAGACUGCAACAACAAUAAAAAUGUUUAUUGCCAGUGACAUUGCCUGUAAUUAAUUUAUACCAAAGCAAUUACUUUUUCUGUGGUUUUACGCUAAAUUAGCAUACAAUACAAUUCCUUUUUCAAAAUACAGAAUAUAGUUUUUAGGGGAUGCUUUAUUAUGACCUUUUAAGAGAAACUGUAAAAAAGUAUAAUCAUCUUUGCCUGUUACAGACAGACACAGCGUAUUAAUAUAAGACAUACAUGGGUGUCUUAAAAGUACUUGAUUUAUAUUUUAUUAAUUU